AUGUCGUGGCCGCGCCUUGCAAGAUCUGCCAGUCCGUCAGGAAGUCUGUUACCCAUGGUCAACAUUCCACCGAGGAAUGAUAGGGAACCAAUUUUAGAACCAUCAUCGAGACCCAGAUCAAGAGAUAGGGCCAACUCAAAUAACAAACAUAAUCGAUCCUCCUCAGCGGUGGCUAAAGUUAGUGAACGCCCAAUUUCAGCUGAACCAGAAGAGACCCCGACUAAUACGACUAAUGCGCAACAGUCAAUAGCAGAUGAAUUUUCCAGCCUUACGCCCACGGAGACCGCAGAACGGUUAUAUACCUCGCUCACCUCGGGGUUGACACCAGCAGAAGCUCUUGCUAGAUUGCACGAUCAAGGACCGAAUGAACUUCCCCACGAGCCUCCUGAACCGUUAUGGCUUCGAUUCAUCAAGCAAUUCAAGGAAACCUUGAUUCUUCUGUUGUUGGGUUCCGCUGUAAUGUCAGUGAUAGCUGGAAAUAAAGACGAUGCAAUCAGUAUUGCGGUGGCAGUCACAAUUGUGGUUACAGUAGGAUUUGUACAAGAAUAUCGUUCAGAAAAAUCGAUCGAGGCGCUGAACCACCUGGUCCCCAAUCACGCGCAUUUAAUACGAGGAGAAAUGAGAUCUACCACACCUAGAACACCUGCAUGGCCCCCAAACGCCCGAGAAAUUCCAGAGGCGGAAACAUUGAUGACGGAUUCUGGAUCUGACGCAGAUUCUAGUAUGGCAGAAUCUGCAUCGCAGAAAAUGAUGGCAUCUAAAUUGGUUCCUGGAGAUCUCGUUUUGUUUACCACUGGAGAUCGCAUACCAGCCGAUAUUCGUGUCACAAAGGCUUCAGAUUUGACAAUUGAUGAAUCUAAUUUGACUGGAGAGAACGAGCCGGUACGAAUUACUGCAAAAGCUAGGCAUAUCGAUUUUCGACCUGGAUCUAGCUCGUUAGAACCACCUGCAUCUCCUAAUUAUGCAUCUCCAGCAGGUGGAACUGUGGGUGCAGAUAUUAGAUUAAAUAGCACGACUAAUAUCGCUUUCAUGGGAACGCUUGUGAGAUCUGGGCAUGGUCAAGGUAUUGUCUAUGCAACAGGUGGAAAUACUCAUUUUGGGAUAAUCGCUGCAAGUGUAUCCGAGACGGAAAGUCCUAGAACGCCCCUACAACUUUCAAUGGACGCUUUAGGAAAUCAUUUGAGCCAGGCUUCUUUCGCUAUCAUUGCAGUAAUCUCUCUAAUCGGAUGGUUACAAGGAAAAGCAUGGUUGGAUAUAUUCACAAUAUCGAUAUCCUUAGCUGUUGCAGCUAUUCCUGAGGGCUUGCCGAUCAUUGUUACAGUCACGUUGGCUCUUGGCGUACAUCGAAUGGCGCGACAGAAUGCUAUAGUACGAAAAAUGCCAAGCGUGGAGACUCUUGGAUCGGUCAACGUUGUCUGUAGUGAUAAAACAGGUACUCUUACCAUGAAUCAUAUGACUACUGUAAAAAUGUGGUAUUUCGAUGCCGAUGCUCCAUUUGACAUUGAUGCGGAUGAUGAAACAGUGGAAGCUAAAGCUGACACUGUAGCGCUUCGCAUACUUCGCAUCGGAAAUAUAGCUAAUAAUGCACGUCUUACUCAUCUUCAUGCUCCAUCCGCAUCGUCGGCAGCUAUAUUGUCAUCUACCCAAGGCCGUGCUUCAGGUCAAGUCUUGAAGAGUAGGUGGGUCGGUCAGCCGACUGACGUUGCCAUGCUUGAUAUGCUGGACCGUUUUAAAGAGCAUGACGUUCGUGAAGGGUUAGGGCAUCGUCUUGGAGAAACACCAUUCAGUUCCGAAAGGAAAUGGAUGGGUGUUACCAUUGGAGACUCGGGUACGGAAGGCACAUCGAGUCCGAAGGAACAUGCCUAUAUCAAAGGAGCCAUCGAGCGUAUCCUAGAAAGAUGCGACACAUACCUUACAAAAGACGGUCGUGAGGUCCAUUUGGAUGCCGCAAAGAGACAGCAAGCGCUACAAGCUGCUGAGAAGCUUGCCUCUGAAGGACUUCGAGUUCUCGGUUUUGCUAGUGGUUUGGUUGCCAAGCAUGCCAAAUCAUUGGCUCCAUCAAGCAGAAGUGGAACGCCCGUCUCAAAAUUAGAUCACCAUGUGUCGCAUAACGAAGAUGUGUAUAAUAAUCUCACAUUUGCUGGAUUGGUUGGUAUGAGUGAUCCCCCACGAACAGGUGUAUCGAAGUCGAUUCGAAGACUUAUGCGAGGCGGUGUCAAAGUAAUAAUGAUAACUGGAGAUGCCGAAACCACCGCUGUUGCUAUUGCGAAGAAGCUUGGUAUGCCUAUCGCAACACCCCGAGGCCAUUCAGCAAACUCUGUUGAGGUUAGACCAGUGUUACGAGGUGAUGAGAUCGAUAAGAUGUCCGACGAGGAACUCCAAGCCGCCAUAGCGAACACUUCUGUUUUCGCUAGAACUAGUCCAGAUCAUAAGAUGAAAAUUAUCAGAGCUCUCCAAGCUCGUGGUGAUAUUGUUGCAAUGACGGGUGAUGGCGUCAAUGAUGCACCUGCGCUCAAAAGGGCGGAUAUUGGCAUAUCAAUGGGGUUGCAAGGAACAGACGUUGCCAAAGAAGCCGCAGAUAUGAUCUUGACUGAUGACGACUUUUCGACCAUUCUAAAAGCAAUUGAAGAGGGCAAGGGAAUUUUCAGCAACAUUCAAAAUUUCCUCACAUUUCAACUUAGCACAAGUGCUGCGGCACUUAGCUUGGUACUAGUCUGCACGUGUUUGGGAUUCAAGAAUCCUUUGAAUGCGAUGCAGAUUCUUUGGAUUAACAUUAUCAUGGAUGGGCCUCCAGCUCAAUCAUUAGGCGUGGAGCCAGUGGAUCCAGAUGUCAUGAAUCGACCACCACGAAAGAGAAAUGCUCCUGUACUUACAAGGGCACUGAUCACUCGAGUUUUAACUUCUGCCACAAUCAUCAUGUUAGGUACAAUGGCAGUUUAUACUCACGAAAUGCUCUCGGAUGGCGAAGUUAGUAAGAGGGAUACAACCAUGACCUUUACCUGCUUCGUUCUUUUCGAUAUGUUCAAUGCGUUGAAUUGUCGUUCAGAAUCAAAGUCUGUCCUCAGAGGUGAGGUCGGUCUCUUCUCAAACAAGCUGUUCAAUUGGGCAGUGUCGUUAAGUCUUGGUGGACAAAUAUUGGUCAUAUACUUCCCUUGGCUUCAGGAAGUAUUUCAAACAGAAGCUUUGGGACUUGCAGACUUGGUGGGUUUGACUAUUUUAACAAGUUCUGUAUUCUGGGCGGAUGAAGCAAGGAAAUGGUGGAAAUCAAGGAGUAGGAGAAGGCUUGGUAAUGGGUACAGCCAGGUCGUAUAA